AUCUAUCUAGUUCACCCAAAUCUGUGCUAAACAAAUACACCAUAUAUUUUCCUUUGACAGAAUACUCCCAGAAGUUUAAGGCUUUAAUUUUCAAAGUUACAAAAAGUCCAGCCAGUUGGAACUUGGAGGCCUCAUCUCAUCUCAAUGUUUACCCAGAAGAAUCAUAACCAUGCUUUGGGGCAAGAACUCCAUGAAGAUCAUAAACAUGAUAUUCCAGCAUACAAAGAAGUUGUGGCAAAGAGCAAAGAUUUUCUCAUGAAAAAUUUUCCAGAUAUUUAUGAUGAGUCCUUACAUGUCCUUGAAAGGCUUGAGGAGAUGAAAAGGCAAAGAAAAGAAAGGAAAAGUCGGGUUGUGCAAAGAAGUUUGAGUCUCGGCUCACCCAGGAGGUUUAAGCUUCAAAGAUUUAGAGUAAAGACUCCAAAUGUAAUUCUCGUGACUCGACCGGAGGGUCAAGGUGGUCAAUUUAGCAACCAAACUAAUGGUUCCAAAGACAUUAUUAGUGGAUCUUAAUCAGUACGAGUAUUUUAUUUUAGAAAUUAGUAAGUUGCAUAAACUGUACAAAUAUCAUUAGCUUCUCUAUUAAGUAGAGAAUUAAUUUUAUUCCAUAUUGUUUCUCGUUUUGUUAUUAUCGGUUUAUCAGAAAUUCGGAAUUGUUAGUCGCUUACCUAGCUUCUUUUUUUGCAUCAAUGUCACUGGGACAACCGGAG